ACCGUGCCGCGGGUGGCCUGAGUUUAUAGACAUAUAACCAACACCCAACACUCACAUGCACCUUAGUAGCCAGAGGAACGUAAUCGAGCUUGCUUCAAGACUGUCUCACUCUGUGAAGCUCUAGCCCUUCAUCGGCCUUUCGUUACUCAAUCUUUCCCGCAACCAUGGGUCAAAGCCAGUCUCAAGCAGCAGAUCAACCCCCAGAGCCGCAACUUAGCCAGGAAGAGCGCUCACAAAUGCAAGCUGAGGUAACUUUCUUGAUCGCUCAACCUAUGUUACAUUGUUGACAUGUCUGAAGAUGCGCGCAAAGCAGCAGGCAGCCCUCGACAAGCGUUUUACCGGUCAGUCAAGGUCAAGGAAGCCCUCACCCACAGGCGCGCAAGCUAAGAGGAAGCCGACUGCGCUCGAGGAAGCGAGCAAAGAGAACAUCGGGUGGCGCAAUGCCGAUGCGCAGGCAGAGUUCAGAAAUUGGAACUAAGGGAUGUUGCGAAGGGAGCCAUAACCAGGGAGAUCGAUGCGACAAGCGUUGGCGACGACAUGAAAGCUGAGUCCUCCAUAUAUGGGCUGCUCACCACCCGGUAUCACCAGGUUGAAUCUGAGAAGGCGUUAUAGAGUGUAAGAAAGGGGGCAGGGUUGGCUUCCACAAGCGGAUACGGCGUUAUUGAAGUUCUUAAGCAAAGCGAAUAAGCAGAUUUCAUCC